AUGGGGCAGGAGGAGAGCCGAAACGAGGAGAUAGACUUGGCACAGAUCCAGGAGCUGUGCAUCACCUUCAUGAAGGAGUGUCCGAGCGGAGCGCUGCAUCUGCACGAGUUCAAACGCAUCUUUAACGUCCAGAGCAGCAGCGAAGACGAGUCCAGCUACAUCGAGACCGUCUUCCACUCCUUCGACACCAACAAGGACAAUAGUUUGGACUUCCUAGAGUAUGUAGCAGCUCUGCACCUGAUCCUCAGAGGAAACCUGGAGGAUCGACUCAAGUGGUCCUUUAAGAUGUACGACAAGGACGGGAACGGGAAACUGGACCACAGCGAGGUCCGCAACCUCAUCAGGGUUUGCCAAAAGAUCCGAGUGGUCAGCUCCGAGGACAUGACCCCCACUCAGAUCUGUGACCGCAUCUUUGAACUGGUGGACCAGAACCGCGAUGGUCAGAUCACUUUGUCAGAGUUCAUGGAGGGAGCACAGAAGGACGAGUGGGUCAUGAACCUUCUCAGACUCAACGUCAACGCAGCGGGAUGGGUCCUCCGCAACUGUGGGACCCGACCCUGA